CAAGCGAGGUCUAAAGAGUCGGCCUGUCCUGCCACACUCAAGAUGGCGGCGCGGCAGCGGCGAGGUCCCUCAGAGGCGGUACCAGCGCAUGCGCAGCGCGGAGUCCCGGCCCGGGACACAAGAUGGCGGCAGCGGCGUUGGGGAGGGCGAGGCGGAGGCGGCAAAACGGGCGGUCGAGCAGAACGUGUAGCCGCGUCCCCUCGAGUCCGCUGCGGGCAGACAUAACUUGCACUUAGUACAGUGUGCUAAGCUCUACGCAUCGAGACCGUAGAGGUUGAGUGAUUCUGGUUCUAAUUCGGAAAGUGGCAGAAGCUUCUGGAACCGGGGUCUGCGCAAACCCAGGGUUGAUGCAGCACCGACCUGCUGCAUCCAGAUCACCUGGGAAAUUAAAAAACUUUUUAAUCAUGAAAAAGUUGGUAAAGAUUUGAAGUGGUGUAAGUUGCUGAUGCAAGGAAUCCCCUGGGCUCCCGUCCACUCCACUGCUGACCAGCCCACACGCCUGCACUGCACGCUUUCCUGCAGGCCUCCCCACUGCCUCUGUGGGACCAGGGGGUCCAUCUGGCCGGAGAAGAAAGCCCUCUCAUGCUAGCGUUGCAGACCCCAGAGGGUGAGAGAAAGAGGGACCUUGUUCAGCCUUGAGACCUGUGGGUCCGCCCCGAGGCACCGGGAAUUCCUCUUCCCCAGAGGACCAAGGCAUCUCCCCUUGGUCCGGUGUGGGUGCUGAGAUGGCCAAUGAGAAUCACGGCAGCCCCCGGGAGGAAGCAUCCUUGUUGAGUCACUCCCCAGGCACCUCCAAUCAGAGCCAGCCCUGUUCUCCAAAGCCCGUCCGCCUGGUGCAGGACCUCCCAGAGGAGCUGGUGCACGCUGGCUGGGAGAAGUGCUGGAGCAGAAGGGAGAACCGUCCCUACUACUUCAACCGAUUCACCAACCAGUCCCUGUGGGAGAUGCCCGUGCUGGGCCAGCACGAUGUGAUUUCGGACCCUUUGGGGCUGAAUGCGACCCCCCUGCCCCAAGACUCAAGCUUGGUGGAAACCCCCCCGGCUGAGAACAAGCCCCGAAAGCGGCAGCUCUCGGAAGAGCAGCCCAGCGGCAAUGGCGUGAAGAAGCCCAAGAUUGACAUCCCCAUGACACCCACGGGCCCGUCAGUGCCCAGCUCCCCCAGCGUCCCAGGAACCCCAACCCUGAAGAUUUGGGGGACAUCCCCUGAAGAUAAACAGCAGGCAGCUCUCCUCCGACCCACUGAGGUGUACUGGGAUCUCGACAUUCAGACCAACGCUGUCAUCAAGCACCGGGGGCCAUCAGAGGUGCUGCCUCCGCAUCCCGAGGUGGAGCUUCUCCGUUCCCAGCUCAUCCUGAAGCUUCGGCAGCACUACCGGGAGCUGUGCCAGCAGCGAGAGGGCAUCGAGCCCCCCCGGGAAUCCUUCAACCGCUGGAUGUUGGAGCGCAAGGUCGUGGACAAAGGUCCUGAUCCUCUGUUGCCGAGCAACUGCGAACCGGUCGUGUCACCUUCCAUGUUUCGCGAAAUCAUGAAUGACAUUCCCAUCAGGUUAUCCCGAAUCAAGUUCCGGGAGGAAGCCAAGCGUCUGCUCUUCAAAUACGCAGAGGCUGCCAGGCGGCUCAUCGAGUCCAGGAGUGCAUCUCCCGACAGCAGGAAGGUGGUCAAGUGGAACGUGGAGGAUACCUUCAGCUGGCUGCGGAAGGACCACUCCGCCUCCAAGGAGGACUAUAUGGAUCGCCUGGAGCAUCUACGGAGGCAGUGUGGCCCCCACGUCUCGGCCGCAGCCAAGGACUCCGUGGAGGGUAUCUGCAGUAAGAUCUACCACAUCUCUCUGGAGUACGUCAAACGGAUCCGAGAGAAGCACCUUGCCAUUCUCAAGGAAAACAACAUCCCAGAGGAGGUGGAGGCCCCCGAGGUGGAGCCCCGCCUGGUGUACUGCUACCCAGUACGGCUGGCCGUGUCUGCACCUCCCAUGCCCAGCGUGGAAAUGCACGUGGAGAAUAACGUGGUCUGCAUCCGGUAUAAGGGCGAGAUGGUCAAGGUCAGCCGCAACUACUUCAGCAAGCUGUGGCUCCUUUACCGCUACAGCUGCAUCGACGAUUCUGCCUUUGAGAGGUUCCUGCCCCGAGUCUGGUGUCUUCUCCGCCGGUACCAGGUACGGGCCUGGGGCAGCUGGAGCGGGGCCGCUCUGGAGCGGGGGGAGGCGGCGCCCCAGAGGCUGAGCGCCGCUGCCCUGCAGAUGAUGUUCGGCGUGGGCCUCUACGAGGGGACAGGCCUGCAGGGGUCGCUGCCCGUGCACGUCUUUGAGGCCCUCCACCGGCUUUUCGGCGUCAGCUUCGAGUGCUUCGCCUCACCCCUCAACUGCUACUUUCGCCAGUACUGCUCCGCCUUCCCCGACACGGACGGCUACUUCGGCUCCCGCGGGCCCUGCCUGGACUUCUCCCCGCUGAGCGGUUCCUUCGAGGCCAACCCUCCCUUCUGCGAGGAGCUCAUGGACGCCAUGGUCUCUCACUUUGAGAAACUGCUCGAGAGCUCGCCAGAGCCCCUGUCCUUCAUCGUGUUCAUCCCCGAGUGGCGGGAACCCCCGACCCCAGCGCUCACCCGCAUGGAGCAGAGCCGCUUCAAGCGCCACCAGCUGGUCCUGCCCGCCUUCGAGCACGAGUACCGCAGCGGCUCCCAGCAUGUCUGCAAGAAGGAGGAAAUGCACUACAAGGCCGUCCACAGCACGGCCGUGCUCUUCCUACAGAACGACCCGGGAUUUGCCAAGUGGGGGCCAACGCCCGAGCGGCUGCAGGAGUUGAGCGCCGCCUACCGGCAGUUGGGCCGCAGCCAUGGCUCUGUCGGCUCCUCGUCGUCCUCCUCGGAGGCCAAGGACAGGGACUCAGGCCGCGAGCAGGGCCCCAGCCGGGAGCCUCACUCCACUUAACACAUCCUGCGGGGAGGAGGAGCCCCAGGGUGCUGGUCUGGACUGCUGGCGCUCAGGCCUCUUAGGGCUGAGUGGAUCCCAGGACCCUCCUUCUGGGGUGGCAGCAGGACCCAGACUGCCAAUGACAUAGGAAGAUUACAGCUCUGCCAGGGCUUCCCCUCCCUGCCCGCAUCCCCCCAACCUCCCGCCUCAGACUCACUCCAAGUCCCCUGUAAAUAGGCCCCAUGCCUUCCCUUCCUUCCCGGCCCCCGUCGUGUUGCCACCUUGUUUCAUUUGUAAAAGGAAAUACAGAACCACCUCCCUCCCUCAAGAAUGUGUGAGGGUCUUGAGGGCAGAGAAGGCUGAGGAACCUGGAGCAACUUCUGGGACCACAGCCCGCUACAUCCAGGCUCACCACCUCAUGAGCCCUGGGCCUGCACACCCAACCGAGGGCUCCGGUAUCUUACUAACUUCUCAUCCUGUGGUCCCCACACCUGGGUCCCUGGUGGCCUCCACCUACGUCCAGGAGGUCUGAAGGGUCCAGAGCCCUCCCUGCAUCAAUAAUCUGCAAGCCCCAAACUCCCACAGCUGGUAUCAGCUUCACUGAUCCCUCUGGGGAGCAGAGGGCAGGUAGCUGUGUCGAGGCAGAAACCUAGAUGCCUGCUGGCCCUGGAGCCAGCCCAGUGAGUGGGCAGCCAGCUAUGUUUUCCAGUCAAGUGUCAGGAGGAAGAGCAGGUCAGAGGCACCUGGUCGGGGCGUGCGGCCUCUGCAGGCACCUGGCUGUGCUCUGAGGACCUCUAGGCAAGGAGCCAGUGCUCCCCCGAGGCCGGGGAGGAGGCAGGGUCUGAAGGUGCUCAGUGGGGCUUUCACCAGCUUAGCCAUCUCUCCCAGUAUC